CUGCGCGCGCCGGGGAUGGAGCCGCAGCCCGGCGGCGCCCGGAGCUGCCGGCGCGGGGCUCCGGGAGGCGCCUGCGAGCUGAGCACGGCCACGGAGUCGGCCGCACCCAUGAGCCUAGCGAUCCACAGCACCACGGGGACCCGCUACGACCUGUCGGUGCCCCACGACGAGACCGUGGAAGGGCUGCGCAAAAGGCUGUCCCAACGCCUCAAAGUACCCAAGGAACGCCUGGCGCUGCUUCACAAAGACACCCGGCUCAGUUCGGGGAAGCUGCAGGAAUUCGGCGUGGGGGAUGGGAGCAAGUUGACGCUCGUGCCCACGGUGGAAGCUGGCCUCAUGUCCCAGGCCUCGAGGCCGGAACAGUCCGUUAUGCAAGCCCUGGAAAGUUUGACCGAGACCCAGCCCCCAGCGACACCCGGGCCAGGCCGGGCUGCCGGAGGAGGCUUCCGGAAAUACAGAUUGAUUUUAUUUAAGCGUCCGUGGCACCGACAGGGACCCCAGAGCCCAGAGAGGGGCGGCGAGAGGCCCCAGGUCAGUGACUUUUUGUCUGGCCGCUCGCCAUUGACCCUGGCCCUGCGUGUUGGGGAUCACAUGAUGUUUGUACAAUUGCAACUGGCGGCCCAACACGCCCCGCUCCAGCACCGCCAUGUGCUCGCUGCCGCUGCCGCAGCAGCCGCUGCCGCCCGGGGAGAUUCCAGUGUAGCUGCCCCAGUGUCCUCGCCUUGUAGGCCGAUGUCCAGUGCCACCCGUGUCCCUCCAGUAUCCAGCAACCCUUCCUCACCUGUGUCCCCCUCAGCUGUCACUGCCGGCUCCUUCAGAUCCCAUGCAGCCUCCACAGCCUGUCCUGAGCAGCAGAUGGACUGUUCUCCACCCGCCAGCAGCAGCAGCAGCAGCAGCACGUCGACCCCGGGCAGCAGCCCCAGCCCCCGAUCCCGAAAACCUGGUGCGGUCAUUGAGAGCUUUGUAAACCACGCUCCAGGGGUCUUCUCAGGGACCUUCUCUGGCACACUGCACCCUAACUGCCAGGACAGUAGUGGGCGGCCUCGGCGUGACAUCGGCACCAUUCUGCAGAUCCUCAAUGACCUCCUAAGUGCCACAAGGCAUUACCAGGGCAUGCCACCCUCACUGACCCAGCUCCGCUGCCACGCGCAGUGCUCACCUGCCUCACCAGCCCCUGACCUCACCCCCAAAACUACCUCCUGUGAAAAGCCGGCAGCCACAUCCCCCACGUCCCUGCUCCAGGGCCAGAGCCAGAUCCGAAUGUGCAAGCCCCCUGGAGACCGUCUGCGACAGACAGAGAACCGUGCUACACGGUGCAAAGUGGAACGCCUCCAGCUCCUGCUGCAGCAGAAGCGCCUGCGAAGGAAGGCACGGCGGGACGCCCGGGGUCCUUACCACUGGACCCCCAGCCGCAAAGCUGGCCGUAGCGACAGCAGCAGCAGUGGGGGUGGAGGCAGCCCCAGCGAGGCCACAGGCUUGGGCCUCGACUUCGAGGACUCCGUUUGGAAGCCUGAUGUCAACCCGGACAUCCAGUCCGAGUUUGUGGUGGCUUAAAGGAUCCAGUCCCCUUGGAUCUGUACAUCCCUUGUCCCUCACACGGGGCAGGAGGACACCACAGACUGGACACUGAGUGGCCCAGCUCUGGGGGGCACGAGGUCACCUACGUUGCCACUUACCAGCCUUUCUGAUUCUUUUUUAGCUCCUCCCCAAUUGUCUACCCUGCAUCCCUGGUCACAUGCCCACUCCUCUCUCUUCCCUUGCCAUGGUCACGGCCUCUGCGACAGGGCCCUCCCCUCCUUCCUUCUCCAGCUCCAAAUAUGUAGCAGUCUGUUCCCAGAUGGCCCAGACGGAGGAAGCCACCCACCCCAGCCCUUCCGCUCUGCCUAGCUCUCCCCACCCCCUUCCAUAACCCAAUUCAGGUUUUUAAGUCAAUGUAGAUUCUCCAAGCACUUUACAGAUGAGGGUUGGGGACCCCAGGAUGAGUACCCACCCCCACCCGUCUGCAGACUUGGCCACCAUUCCAGGCCAGCUGGAUUCCCCCGCCCCUCCCACCCCCGGAAAGCUAAUAGACUCACAGAGGGUACCUUUGUCCACGAAGCCCACUUAACAUAGCCUUCCUCCUGCCUCAGUCUCCCAAGUGCCACAAUGGCAGGCCUUUGCCACUGUGCCUGGCUGGCCUGGCUCUCAAUGGAGAAAGCUGAAGCAGGUGGCUGCUCUUUGGUCAGGUGGGGGAUGCUCCUUUUCCUCACAAGAAUGGACCAGCCUCGGCCACCCUUUCUGGACACUGGCCUUGCUGUCUCCUCCCGCCCUCCCUCCCUCCACACACCCACUUCCUUCCCAAUGGAGCUUGGGGACUAUUUAUAGAUUUCGUUUUUCUGACUGAGCCAGUAAUGGUUGCUAUCCUCUAGGAAAAGAAAAACUGGGGUAGGUUGUAGGAGGGCGGCCCAGAGAGACACCCCUGUACCUCUUCUCCAGGCCCAGCCUAGCUGGGGAUGGGAAGGGGGUGCUGAGCUGUGACUGCAUUAACCCCGCCCUGGGGAGGGUGCACUGCUGGUCCACAUUGGCUCCAUGAGUGAGAGCCCUCCCCUUGAGUUGGGGCCCACAUAGCAGGGGUGAUCUUGGGGUUUUUUUUAUCCUCCACAUUUUGAGAUUUUGUGAUAAAGGGGAUGUGUGCCCACCCCUGACACCUGUCCACGUCUAGACUCCACCUGUCCACGGUCCCUUUGUUCUAGGCUGUGAACCUGUCCUUGUCUCUCCCCCACUGUGUGUUUAAACCUUAAUGGUUUGGGAUGUGAACAUGUGUUGACUAGCUGUAAAGGG